CGUCGAUACCUAUAUAUUUCAGUUCUUCCAGCUAUCGGUUUAAAAAUUGCAAGUGUCGUAUCCAGUACAGGUUGUUAUACGCUUGGACAUAUUUAGAAAAGCAGCCCAACAUCGUUAUGGAGGAAGAGAAAGUAGAACCUGAGAAACAAGAUCCUCCCCCGGAACCGCCUCCACCGCCAGAAACGCAUCUCACGGACCAGCUUCAUGAGGCAUGGAGACCGGCCAAUUUCCUGACUGCACGUUACAAUGGAAGGAUUCCUUUUAUUUACCAACUUAAUGGUUGAUCGGACAAAAGAAUAAACGUCUCAGAAAACAUUUAAUUAUAUUAUUUUAAAUUUUAACAUCAAAACAAAAGAGUGUUACCUCUGUCAUAAAUUAAAGAAAAUAAACAAGUUUUGUUCGUUGUUGCGAAACAGAAUGGGACGUUUUAUCUUGUUUGAAUACUCUUCUUUGUGAAGGUAAAAUUUAGAGUUAUUCAACCACGCCAAACUUUUGCGAUACUUUAAAAGGCCAUAAAUGUAAGCAUUUCUUUGAUUUGCAAUCCAAUAUAUACGAAUAUGAUGUAAAUUUAUAUGUUUCUUUAUGGGUAGACACGGAAAUUUGCAGUUCUUGUUGUAUUUUUGCUGCUUGCUUGAAAUUAGAUUCGUCCUAGUAUGUUUCGUAACAGAAUGUAAUAUUCGCAUCCCCGGCUUUUCGUUCGGGAUUCAUUUUUUGUCGAUUCGUCCUAGAUGCCUUUCGUACUAUUGUGUUAAACGUGUAUUACAGUGGGUUACUUGGCUAUUUAAUGUAAAUUGGAUUAUUACUGAUUGUAUUAAGCUUCGGGCAUUUGGGAUUUUGCGCUCUGAUUGUGUGUCUUGAAUAAGUUAUCGGGCAUUAUAGUAAAUGCGCCCUUUUUUCUAUUUUAAGCUUUACGACAAUAAACAUCGGACCAACCACAGUCUUGCCUUCACAUUCCUCGUCCGGUUACAGUAAAGAUUUCGGCACUUCGUAUCAUGGCUUCGGACCCUGGGAGCAGGCAUAUAGACAACGGUCCAGCAGAGAAUGGUGGUCCAGCAGAGAAUGGUGACGGUGAAUAUGAACAGAUAGAUGGGAGGAGAGUUAGAAGACUUACUGAGAAGGCUCUUGAUAUAUACCAUCAGAAAAUCGAUGAUUACGAACAUAGACUUGUAGCCACUUGGGACAGUGUAGAUGUGGCUCUUAAAGAGUAUGUUAACGCUCGUUCACUCAGUGAACUUAAACAAUAUCAGAGAAAUUUAUGCAUGCUAUACGGUGAAUAUCGAGUGUCCACAAGACACUAUUGUGACUAUUUAGAUAGUGUCCAUACUCCUGACAGUAUUAUGUUGUUAGAAACACAGAUUGUGACAGACAGGCAUCGUGACGAUAAAGUCAACACAGUUCUUAAGCAAACAGAUGGACAGAUUGAACAUUUCAAUGAAACGGCUUCAUUCUCGGUAAAAAGCAACAAUUCUAAAAGAAGUGAAAAAUCGGGGUCAAGUCAUAGAACAAAUUCUUCAAGAAGUUCCAACGUUUCACUAACUACUCAAGCGAAAGCUAAAGCGAGCGCAGCCUUAGCAAGAAAAUCAAUGAUAGAAAAGGAAACGGCCUUGCUCAAGAAAAGAGUGGACAUUGAAGGUGAAAUUAAAGCGUUAAAAGAGGAUGAAAUAGUGAAAGUCGCUGAAGCAGAACUUGAAGUAUAUGAACAAGAAACAAUUUAUGAUGAAUUGCUCAGCUCACAUCGAGACAUUCCUAAUGAGCUUCCAAAAAGUACAAAGAAAGAUAUAACAAGACAAUAUGUUGAAUCACUUGCUGAACAUCAAAGUGUGUCCCAACAUUCAGAGAAAUCCAUCGCAAAUGAAUUAAAUGCAAAGGCCAAAGAGUUUGUGCCUCAAGUUUCAAAUAAAGAUGUCGCAUCAGAACUUUCGCGUUUCCUUCUGCGGAAAGAUUUGCUUUUCUCUCGACUUACCAAAUUUGAUGAUAAACCAGAAAACUACCCUGUCUGGAAGACCACAUUUCAGAGUGUCAUAGAAGAACUUGGUGUUGGUGUGAGAGAAGAACUAGAUCUGUUAGUCAAAUGGCUAGGUACCGAUUCAGUGAAAUAUGCUGUUAGUGCUCGAGCAUCUAGCUCUUCGUGCCCCGAAAGUGGUGUAAUAAAACUGUGGGACAGACUUGACGAAAGGUAUGGGGCACCUGAAAUCGUAGAAGCUUCACUAAGAAACAAGCUACAGAACUUUCCGAGGUUAGGUGUAAAAGACUCUAAGAAGCUCUUCGAACUUGUGGAUAUUUUGGACGAAAUUCAGAAUCACAUGAAAAAUCCAACAUACACAGAUUUGCUAUCAUAUAUGAACACUUCACGCGGCGUCAUACCGAUAGUGAACAAACUGCCACAUAAUUUGCAGGAAAGAUGGACUUCCAGAGCAGCAAAGUACAAGGCGGACCGAAAUGUUCCCUUUCCGCCCUUCUCAUACUUCGUCAACUAUGUACGUGAAAUAAGUAAAGUGCGAAAUGAUCCGGGAUUCAUGUACGAAAGUUACACCAAACCUGUCAACCCUCCGCAACAAAGAAACAGAAUGGCUGCAUAUAAGACAGAGGUAUAUUCAUCAACAGCUGAAAACAGAUCGCAGGGAGCGGCAGCCCAAGAGUCUACCCCUAUUCAAUGCCCAUUUCACCACGUGGAAGGUCACACCUUGAAUUCUUGUCGUACAUUUCAGGGAAAGCCAAUUGUGGUUAGAAGAAAGUUUAUACGCGACAAGAAUAUUUGUUUCAAGUGCUGUUUAGAGACCUCUCAUCUUGCGCGGGACUGCAAGAAGAAGGUGCAGUGUAAUCGGUGCAAAGGUGCCCAUGCAACAGCCUUACAUUUUGACAUUGCUUCUGGUCAUGAUAAUACCCAUGCUGAAAAGACAGAGAUGCAUGGUUGGGAGAAAGCUCCUAAAAGAACAACGGAAAUACGCACUGCAUGUGCUCAGGUUUGCGGCCAAGACAGAAGCGGGCGCUCUUGCGCGAAGAUCGUCUGCGUGAAUGUACACAGAAAUGGUGAAGAGAACAGAAAGAAGAUGUAUGCUGUAAUAGACGACCAGAGUAACCGGUCAUUAGUAAGACCAGAAUUCUUUGACAUUUUCCCAGGGAGCUUUGAAGAGAUGGCUUACUCCUUAACUUCAUGUUCCGGUACUGUUAACACAAGUGGUCGCAGAGCUAGUGACUUCAUAGUAGAAAACCUAGACGGAACGAGGUGCUUUGAGCUUCCACCACUUACAGAAUGCACUCAAAUUCCCGACAUUCGAGCUGAAAUACCAACACCUGAGGUAGCAAGAGCCUAUCCGCAUUUAGAAGAUUUGGCCGAAGAAAUCCCAGAACUUGAUGAUCAAGCGCCUAUUCUGAUGCUCAUUGGAAGAGAUUUAGCAGAAGCGCAUCACGUCCUUAAACAGAGACUUGGACCAAAUGGGUGCCCAUUCGCGCAAGAGCUCAGUUUCGGUUGGGUCAUCAUCGGUGAAACGUGCCUCGGGAAAGUGCAUGUUCCGAAAAUGGUGUGUGUAAACAAGACUUACAUUCGUGAACCAAACAGAGCAUCUAUAUUUCCUACAUGUGAAAAUAGUCUCUUGCUUAAAGACCGUCUAACAGAUCAAUCUUCAGACAUUCUGAAUGACAUUUUUGCCCGUACCCCUGAUGAUGACAGAUUAGGUCUUUCUGCCGAGGAUGAGGAGUUUCUCGAAAUCAUGAAAAAAGACUUAAAGAAGUUGCCAGAGGGUUGGUCAGCCCCUCUUCCAUUCCGUAACCCGAGACAAAGACUUCCAAAUAACAGAAACCAAGCUUUGAAGAGGACGCAUUCCUUACAAGCAUCAUUGAAAAGAGACCCAAAGAAGCAGAAACACUUCCUCGAGUUCAUGGCAGGGAUUUUCGAAAACAGCUAUGCUGAGCCAGCUCCUCCGUUACAGCCUAAAGAAGAAUGCUGGUACCUGCCCAUUUUCGGCGUGUAUAAUGCUAAGAAAAAAGACCAAAUUCGAGUAGUUUUUGAUUCAGCUGCACAAUACCAAGGGGCUUCAUUGAACUCAGUACUUAUUCAAGGACCAAAUCUGAUGAAUAGCCUUUUGGGAGUUUUAAUGAGAUUUAGACGACACCCUGUUGCAGUUACUGCUGAUAUACGCCAGAUGUUCUUCCAAUUCCGCGUGCAUGAGACGCACAGAAACUACCUGCGCUUCAUAUGGUUUAAAGACAACGAUCCGGACCAAGAACUGGUAGAGUACCGAAUGUGCUCACACGUCUUUGGCAAUUCACCUUCCCCGGCUAUAGCAGCGUAUGGCUUGAAAAAGACUGCAAUAGAGAUGGAACCUGUUUAUGGUACAGACGUAAGAGAAUUCGUGGAGAGAGACUUUUAUGUAGAUGACGGGCUAUCCUCUUUUCCUGAUGCUACAACAGCUGUAGACCUGGUAACCCGGACUCAAAGGGCUCUUCAAGAGGGAGGCAAUCUCCGUCUGCAUAAGAUUGCUUCAAACAACAAAGAUGUGAUGAAAGCAUUUCCAAAGGCUGACUUGGCUAAAGAACUUCAAGACAUAUACAUAGGGUCAGACACUCUACCUACCCAGAGAAGCCUAGGUAUGAAUUGGAAAUUGGAGACAGAUUCUUUCACAUACAGUGUGUCAAAAGAUGAAAAGCCAUUAACCCGCAGAGGAGUGUUGUCAACGGUGAACUCGCUGUUUGAUCCCUUAGGUUUCGUGGCUCCAGUUGUCAACCAGGGGAGAUUGCUGAUGCGAGACCUGAUACAAGAGACAUUAGACUGGGACAAGCCCCUGUUAGAAGUUAACAUGCAGCAAUGGGAUAGUUGGAGAAGAUCAUUGACGGAGCUUGAACAGCUCAAUAUCCCACGUAUGUGUAUACCAGUCUUAACGCCACCUGGGAGACAAGAAAUUCAUGUUUUCUCUGAUGCAUCAGAAAAAGCAAUAUCUUCUGUUGCCUACUUAAGAGAUGAGAACGCCAAAGGUGUGGUUCAAGUCGGUUUCGUUUUGGGUAAAUGUAAGGUUGCUCCACAGUCCGGACAUACUAUACCUAGGCUUGAGCUUUGUGCUGCCGUGAUGGCUGUGGAAAUAGCUGAGACAGUAUCCGAGCAGAUUGGCGUUGCCAUAGAGAAGAUGAAGUUUUACACAGAUAGUCGUGUUGUACUUGGUUAUCUUAACAACAAGGUAAGACGGUUCUACAUCUACGUGCAGAAUCGCAUUUCCCGAAUACUCAAGUCAACAGCUCGAGAACAAUGGCACUAUGUUUCCACGGAUGACAAUCCAGCCGAUCAAGGAACACGACCUAUUCCGACUGAUCAGCUACAGCACAGCAAGUGGAUAAAUGGCCCAGAAUUUCUAAAAAGUUCAGAGCUACAGAUCAACACAGAUACAUAUGAGCUACAAGCUGAAGAAGAAGACCGAGAAAUUAGACCACUAGUGCAGUGCAUGAAGACAGAAACAAGCACAAUUCAGAGUCUUGGCCUAAACCGAUUUGAAGGCGUCAAGAGCUGGGAACUCAUGAUCAAAGUGAUCGCUUUACUCAAAGGCAAGGCACGCUGUCGAAAGAAUGAGUCGGACAUUAGUCGAGCUGAUUUACUCUUGGAAUCGGAAAGGAUAAUUCUCAGAGAAGUACAGAGGGAAGUGUUUUUCCCCGAGCUGGAGUGCAUAUCUUCAAGUCAGAAGCUACCCAGAAUCAGUGCUAUACAGAAGCUCAAUCCCUUCAUAGAUGAACAUGGUUUAUUAAGAGUUGGUGGUAGACUGCAACAUGCCAGUGAGCUUAGUACAAGUGAGAAGCAUCCAGUUAUUCUGCCAAAAGGACAUUUUGUGAGCAGACUGGUCGCCUUGAACUACCAUGGAAAGGUUCUACACCAAGGAUGCAACUUCACCGAAGGUGCUAUCAGAUCUGGAGGCUUUUGGGUAAUUGGUGUAAAGCGGCUAGUGCGUAGUAUCAUUCAUGAGUGUUUUAAGUGCAAGAAACUUCGCGGCAAAGCAGAGUCUCAGAUCAUGUCAGAUUUACCAGAGGAUAGACUAUCACCAGGUGCACCUUUCUCAUCCGUAGGAGUUGACGUGUUCGGGCCAUGGAACGUCAUUGCGCGACGUUCUCGUGGUGGAAUGGCUCAUAACAAACGAUGGGCCGUACUGUACACUUGUUUGACUACACGAGCAAUACAUAUAGAGGUGAUAGAAGAGCUCAGCACUUCAUCGUUUAUAAACGCGACGCGUCGGUUCAUCGCGCUUAGGGGACCAGUGCGCUUAUUCCGCUCUGACAGAGGAACAAACUUUGUCGGGGCAACUGACUGUAUGAAAAUUGACGCAAUCAAUGUGGAGGAUGCAACCGCUAAGAAGUUUAUGGAUUCUAACCGAACUGUGUGGCUGUUCAACUCGCCACACUCAUCUCACAUGGGUGGGGUGUGGGAAAGACUUAUUGGAGUUGUACGUCGAAUCCUAGAGUCCAUGUUUGCAGAUAUUCGCGGCGAUAUUACUCAUGAAGUGCUGACAACAUUUAUGGCCGAAGUCUCUUCCAUUGUUAAUUCGCGUCCGCUAGUCGCAGUGUCCGCUGAUCCAGAAUGUCCAACAGUGUUAAGUCCAGCAAUGCUUCUUACGCAGAAGCCCGCAGAAGAAGGACAAUAUCUUAGUGAAAUCAGUGUGAAAGACAUGUAUAAAGCACAAUGGCGUCGAGUUCAGUGUUUGUCUGAUAUGUUUUGGAAACGUUGGAGAACUGAGUUUCUCCAGACACUUCAACAGCGUAAAAGGUGGCCUACGAAACAGAGAGAUCUACGCGUUGGUGAUGUUGUUUUAAUGAUUGAAGAUGACUCUCAGCGAAAUAACUGGCCAAUGGGUGUUAUCACAGAACUAUUUCCGAGCCAAGACGGACACAUUAGAAAAGUGAUGGUCAAAGUCAGUCGCCCUGGCGACUCAGAACUUAGAUCCUAUGUGAGGCCUGUGAAUAAACUUGUGACACUCAUCGAGUGUGAAGACCAGUGCUAAAUGUUAGACCGAUCUCCAACGCGGUCAAGAGGGUGAGCGAUAGAAAUGUUACGGAUGCAGAUUUCGCGAGUGCAAACUGGCAAGUGCGCCACAUAUACGCGUCCGAAAUGGUGAUUCUAUUAAGUGAAGUGAUAAGUCUAGUCAUCAGUGUCAGUGCUACCUAAGUGCUUUAGUGUCAGUGUUUGACUCUUUACAUAAGCUUGAUUCUCUUAUUUGCAUUUUAUUGUUUGUUUCAUGCUAAUUAUACCCUUAUAGCAUUAAGUUUUCUAAGAAAUUUAAUGUAGGCUGUGUCUAAACAAUUUAGGGUUUUAAAUUGGAUCCAAUAUUAUAUGGGAUCUAAUCUGGGUCCAACAUGUUUCCUAUAGCUUUCAGUAUCUUGAGAAUCUGUUGCUAUAUCGCAGAGAGUUAACACUUCUUUUUCGAGUGUUCAGUUUAAUUCAAUGUGUUAUCGCAAGUUUCUACGCAUACAAGUCAACGACAGAACUAAACCGCCUGCGUUGGCAAUGGAGCAACGCAUCCAGAUAUGCCGCCUUUUCCUGACCAUGCCGUGCUAAAGCUACCUAAGACGUUCUGCUGUGAAAAUUGCAUCAGUUGCUUGUUGUCACGCUUUUAUAGUUGGAGUCUGUGUUAGACUUUGCAAUCGAGCUUAUAUGACUGAGAACAUUGGGGGUGUAUCAAUAUCAUAAACCAGUUGUUAACAUUUUUUUUUUUUUUUUUAAAUGGGAAUACUGUUUCAUACUCUAUAAAUCUAGUUUAGCCUACUCUAUGUUAUGAUCAUUCAUUGAAAUAUCUACAUAGUUCUUUCGAAAAGCGAUUACAAUAUAUUUUGAUCCUAUUCAGAGGAAAGACUUAUGAAAGGAAACUACAUAUUGUUUGUAGAGAUUUAUUAGGUAUAUGUAGUAUAUAUGUACAUGCACAUCUGGGUAUUGUAGUGGUAUUUCAUACCAGGUGGGGAGUGUUGCGAAACAGAAUGGGACGUUUUAUCUUGUUUGAAUACUCUUCUUUGUGAAGGUAAAAUUUAGAGUUAUUCAACCACGCCAAACUUUUGCGAUACUUUAAAAGGCCAUAAAUGUAAGCAUUUCUUUGAUUUGCAAUCCAAUAUAUACGAAUAUGAUGUAAAUUUAUAUGUUUCUUUAUGGGUAGACACGGAAAUUUGCAGUUCUUGUUGUAUUUUUGCUGCUUGCUUGAAAUUAGAUUCGUCCUAGUAUGUUUCGUAACAGAAUGUAAUAUUCGCAUCCCCGGCUUUUCGUUCGGGAUUCAUUUUUUGUCGAUUCGUCCUAGAUGCCUUUCGUACUAUUGUGUUAAACGUGUAUUACAGUGGGUUACUUGGCUAUUUAAUGUAAAUUGGAUUAUUACUGAUUGUAUUAAGCUUCGGGCAUUUGGGAUUUUGCGCUCUGAUUGUGUGUCUUGAAUAAGUUAUCGGGCAUUAUAGUAAAUGCGCCCUUUUUUCUAUUUUAAGCUUUACGACAAUAAACAUCGGACCAAC